AGCCCCAGCCCCGCUCCGCGCCCCGCUGAGCGGCUCCCGGCCGGCAGCGCCCCAGCAUGAGCCGCGGGAGCUCGCACCCCCCCGGCCGCAGCCGCGCAGCUCCGCCCCUGCCAGCGGAGCGGUAGGAGCGCGGAGCCCAGCGGAGCCGGGCGCGGUGCGGGUGGGGCAGGCAGCGAAAGGCGGUGUCCGCUCAGCCGGGGUUGAUGUUUAACCUGGAGCGCCCGUUCACCGAGAGGGGCCACUUCUUCUCCUCCAUGGAGUACCAGCGGCAGCUGGAGGAGGAGGAGGGCUUCCCGACCCUCGGCACCAACGGGACCUUCAAUGACAGCGGGGCCGGGCCGGGAUGGGGCACACCGUACCUCCUGCACACCACCAUCACCCUCAUCAGCCUGGCGGGCUUGCUCAUGCUCUUCACCGUCUUCGGCAACGUCCUGGUCAUCAUCGCUGUCUUCACUAGCCGGGCGCUCAAGGCCCCUCAGAACCUCUUCCUGGUGUCCUUAGCCUCAGCUGACAUCCUGGUGGCCACGCUGGUCAUCCCCUUCUCCCUGGCAAAUGAGGUGAUGGGGUACUGGUACUUUGGCAAAGUCUGGUGUGAGAUCUACCUGGCCCUGGAUGUGCUGUUCUGCACCUCCUCCAUCGUGCAUUUGUGUGCCAUCAGCCUUGACCGUUACUGGUCCAUCACACAAGCCAUCGAGUACAACCUUAAGCGUACCCCCCGCCGCAUCAAGUGCAUCAUCUUUAUCGUAUGGGUCAUCUCGGCUGUCAUCUCCUUCCCACCACUCAUCUCCAUUGAGAAGAAGAGCGGGCAACAGGCUGACCAGGGGGUGGCAGGGUGCAAGAUCAAUGAUGAGAAGUGGUACAUCAUCUCCUCUUGCAUUGGCUCCUUUUUUGCCCCCUGCCUCAUCAUGAUCCUGGUCUACAUGCGCAUCUACCAGAUAGCCAAGAGGCGAACCAGGGUACCACCAAGCAAGAGGGCAGAUCGCCCUGAGAAGAAGCAGAAUGGCCUGACAGACAAGGAGGACCUGCCAGUCACAGCUCAGCAUAACGGGGAGAAGGCAGCAGGAGGUGGCAUUGGGCAGGAGGGAGAGGUCAACGGCAUAGACAUGGAGGAGACCUCUUCCUCUGAACACCAGGAGAACAACCAGUGUAAGAAGUCGGAGAAACGACCAAGGGGAAAAACCAAGACUAAGCUGAGCCAGAUUAAGCCUGGGGACAGUUUGCCCAGGAAAGUGGAGGAGGAGAGGAACACCAAAGGGUCCCGGUGGAGGGGCAGGCAGAACCGGGAGAAGCGCUUCACCUUCGUGCUGGCGGUGGUCAUCGGGGUCUUUGUCAUCUGCUGGUUCCCCUUCUUCUUCACCUAUACUCUGACGGCCGUCUGCAAGAGCUGCUCCGUGCCUGACACCCUCUUCAAGUUCUUCUUCUGGUUCGGUUACUGCAAUAGCUCCUUGAACCCCGUCAUCUAUACCAUUUUCAACCACGACUUCAGACGGGCCUUCAAAAGGAUCCUCUGCAGGAUAGAGAGGAAAAGGAUUGUUUGAAGAACCCUUUGCUAUGGGCAGGACUAACUCAAGACUUUCCAGGAGAGAGAAGCACGGCUCUCUUGGGCUGUGCUUGCAUGGGAUUGUUUCCUUCAGCUCGUGAGCAGGAAGCCUUUAAACCCCGAGAUGAGCCUAUGGAAAUGCCGGGCAGCAGCAGUGAGGAGCAGCAGGCAAGUGGAAGCCUGAGCCGUGGCAUUCAGCUUUCCAGGGGAGGACGGCCUUUGACUUGCUUGGUUUGUUCUGUUAGUUUUGGGUUUCCUUUUGCCAGAAUCUCUCAGUGGAUCUUUUUGUGACUGCUCACUUUGACUCUUUAAAGACAAGCAGCGUGCAGCUCCGUGAGAUGAACGGCAGAGAGGGAGGAUGCCACCCCAGAGGUGUUGGCUUUUCUAUUUCGUUGUAUCUUUUAUUUCCCCCAGUUCUAUAUGUAAUUAAUUUUACCCCCCUUGUAAAAUGCAGUGUUGUAUCCUGAAUUUGAAUGUCUUAAUUUUUGUAAGGCAAGCAGCUUUGAAGUCGUGAAUGCUUUAAUGAUCUUUGACACCUGAAAAGUCCCUCUUUUCCCCAGAACCCCCUCACUUAAAACCACUGACCAACUAGAGCCAUUCCCCUUACCUAUCAGUUUGAUAACAUUACCAACAUUUUCAGUGUCCUGCCUGUUGGGUUUUUUGGGCUAUAAAUCAGGAUCACAGACCUCACUCACCAGCCUGGCUAUUUUUGUUGUUAUGUCUUUAUAUUGUACCUGAUUCUGUUUGAUUUCUGUGUUGCCUGUGAUAUAAUGAAACUGAGAUUGUAACUGCCUGCUCGUUGUUCACUAAAGCAGACCCUGCCGGAGAAGUGGCUUUGCCGUGCAGGCAGGGACACCCCAGGCGAUGGAGUGACAGGCAGUUUCCCAUGCAACAUGAGGCUUGGGAGCCAGCCAAGCUCCCCACGAGUUAAUCUCGGUUGGUACUACACCACACUGCAACACCGGGGAUGUGUUCCAUGCUAACUUGCUUUCCCCGCCUCCCACUGUAAAUAGAUAACAUUUCAAAGCAAAGGGCAGGGCUCAGUGUAUCACGUUAUCUCAUUUGUAUUGAUUUGUGGCGGUUUAACUCCUGCGGGAUUUCCUGCAGGAGAGGAGGGGGUUUGUGUGCAGGGCGGUUCCCUUUUUCCAAGUUAAGGGAGAAGAGUUCAGUUUCUGAUCCACCAGUCUCAUCAUCCCUCUUUCAGUCUUAUACAGGGCAAAAACUCCAAAAUGGGAAACUUCACCGACAGUUUCUCCAGUAUUUUCUAGUGUAAUUCAGCUUUUUUCCUUCUUUUUUUUAAACGUGUAAAUAUUGUGAGAUUGGAGCAGGAGGGGGAGUCGACACUGACUGGUUUUACACCCCUUUCCUGAAAUGUCUUUCAGCUCUUUCUGCUAAGAUAUAAUAACACAGAAAUGGACAGAACAAAUCUGACAUCCUUGUGCCAUGAGAAAUGAGAGCAUUGAAAGGAAAAGCUUUUGAUGCAACACAAUAAAUGAGUCUGUAAAACCUUUUAAUGUUAUGAAAACAGCUUUAUCAAGAUCUGACGGUCAUAGAAAUUGUUUGGAGGGAGCAAAGUUUGUCUAAGUCUCGUGUCUAAGAUGAAUUUGCCUUCUCUGGUGUCGUGUGGUGCAUAGGAAGAGACUUUAAACCCCAACGUUUUUACUUUUGGGAAGUGUUUUGUUGAUUUUGCUCUCUCUUAUGACUUUGUGAUUAACUCCAAGGGUCCCCGGAUGCAUCUCAGGACCUGGAGAGCGAUGUUUACAUUCACUUGCAUUUUAAGGAUUGAAUCCUCAAGAGGUGAGGAAAGCAAAUAAACUGUGCUUUAAUGUAAAACCAACCCCAAACCAUGAGCAGAACUUGCAACAAUGGAUGAUUAUUUUUAUUAAAUAAAAGAGCGUUUACAGAUCAA